AAUUAAGUUGCCUUAUUGCAGUUGAGUGUGUUAAAUUUUUAUAAUUCGUAACAAAUCUAGAGCAAUAUAAAAUGUGAUCGCUCCAGUCGGACAUUCAUUGUCAAAAUCAUGAGCCCGAUGACAAUGUUUGUUCAAAUUUUUGUAUUGGCCUGCGCUUGCGCUACAGGCUUGGCUCAAGCACCAUAUCUGGCAUAUGACGAGGUUAUUGGUGAAACUUGGGCAACACUGAUAGAAAAUGUCCUAUCAAUGGAUGGAAACAUACCUCAACUGAACGACCCCAGACGCCAUUAUGCACAGAUAAUAAAUGUAAUUAACAAAGCAGGAUCUGAGAGAAGUGGUUGUCUUCUUAUUGAUUACGAUUCACACUAUCCUAAAAUCGUCAACGGUUCAUUAGCACAGGGCCUUGCCAAUACACAAGAAGUUGUUACUGAAAUCAAAGGGCUAAUCGCAGAUCUACAGAAUAUAACAAAAGAGGUAGCUGAGAUCGUUAGAGACGGUGUAAAAACCGGCGGGGAACAUGCUGAUCAAUUAAUAUCCGAAGGAAUUAUUUUAAAGGGCAAUCUUACUGAUCAAAAUAACAUGUACGUGGCUCUCGGAGAAGCUGCAAUAGCAUUGUAUAAAAUAAACCCCUUUUUACUGAAAGCGUCAAAGGACUACACCACAACUACAUUCGCAGUUCAGGAUAAAGAAUACAUACUUAAAGAUGCUAUUGAUAAGACUGCUACCGUUUACCGAAACUAUAAUUACUAUAAGAGGCAACACUCUUGCUAGAACUUGCCUAAAAUAAUAUUCUUCUGCUUAUUUGGCUACAUUGUUUGAGAUAUAUCCGAAUUUUGUCAUUCUUAAAAUCAUUUUUUUUUGUUUUCUCCUUUAAAUAAAUAUUUGGCCCUAAA